AGUAUCUUAUCCCGAGCACAUCAUCGAGAAGCAAUUCCAAGGUCUCAAAGAGAUCAUUAGCCAAGUUUCUCUACUUCUUCGAAUUCCCAGCCCAUUCCCAUUCGCCAACUAGUGGAGUUUAAUUAAGAAGAAUGUCGAUCAUCAGACGGAACCCCUUCUCCCUCGACGUCUGGGACCCCUUCCACGACUUCCCCUUCGACACCUUCCUUUCCCUCGCCGAGUCCCGGCCCAGCUUCGUCAGCGAGACUUCCGCCUUUGCCAACACCCGCAUCGAUUGGAAGGAGACCCCGGAGGCCCACAUCUUCAAAGCCGACCUCCCUGGGGUUAAGAAAGAGGAGGUGAAGGUGGAGGUGGAGGAGGGCAGGGUCCUCCAGAUCAGCGGGGAGCGCAGCAAGGAGAAAGAAGAGAAGAACGACAAGUGGCACCGUGUUGAGAGAAGCAGCGGCAAAUUCCUCCGGCGGUUUCGGCUGCGGGAGAAUGCCAAGGUGGAGCACGUGAAGGCAUCGAUGGAGAACGGGGGGCUGACCGUGACCGUGCCGAAGGAAGAGGAGAAGAAGCAAGAGGUGAAAGCCAUCGAAGUCUCUGGCUGAAUCCAUGGAAGAAGCGGUGCAUUCUAGAGGCGUUCAUGGGUGAUGCUAGAGUCUCUUUCUAGGAAAUUACGAAUAUGUGUCGUUUAUAGGAGUUUGCAUGGGUGCGUCUUCUUGUUUCUGAACGUUUGUCUGAAGAAAAUCUGUCGUAGUUGUUUGCCUCUUUUCAAUAAAAUAAAUAUGCUUUUUAUGAAUUUAGUUGGC